ACAGACACGCGACACUUCCGGUGGAUAAAUGGCGGCUAUAUUUACAUGUUGUACAGCUCUGCUUCGCAGAGACACUAGUUAAGUCCUGCCUUUUUUGUGGUGCCUCUUAGACUUUUAUUUGUUUGUUUUUUUCCUCUUUAUAUAUGUAAGAUAAGAUGUCUGUUGUUUUCGUUCCGAAGAAGCAGCGGGGGAAAGCACAGAUCAACCAGGAAACAAUACAAAGGUUACUGGAUGAGAAUGACCAGCUGGUACGAUGUAUUGCGGAAUACAUGCAGAAAGGAAGAGCUGCCGAAUGUGUCCAAUAUCAACAGAUAUUGCACCGUAACAUAAUAUAUUUGGGAACUAUUGCUGAUGCAAGUCCCGAUCUACCGACUGACCCUGCGCCGUGUGACCGUGGAGAGAAAUCGUCAUGAACAUAUCCGGAAGUAUGACCUGAAGGACACUGAUGCUUCUAUGUUAAAUAAAUAAAACAAGUGUGUUAUGAUGAUACUUAUGAAAUGUAUUAUAUUACCUAUUCUUGAUUUUUGACGGAUGUCUUGUAAUUUAUAUUUCCAUUAAACGUAAGAAGCCGUUUCCGUUUCGCGAUUGCUUUUAACAUAUGUGGUUGCCUUACUUUGUGCUGUCUUGAGUUCUUUUUGGGUGUCUGUCACUGAUUUUACAUAUAUAUUUUUUUUAAUUCGAAACCUUUAUGUAAAUGUAUAAAUAUCGCUAGAAAUAUCUUUAUGCAAAGUGACUAAACUACACACUUCACUGA